AUGACGGCCUCGCCCGACUACCUGGUGCUGCUGUUCGUGAGCACGGCGGGCGCCAGCGGGGCCCGGCUGGGCUCGGACGAGCGCGAGCUGCUGCAGCUGCUCUGGAGGGUGCUGGACCUGAGGAGCAAGGAGCUGGGGCGCCCGCACGAGCUGCUCGUCCAGCCCGACCGCCCCGAGCUGACGGCCGAGUGCCAGGAGGUCACGCAGGUGGAUGCCCAGAGCCUGGCGCUGGCCCCGCCGCUGGAGCAGGCGCUCAGACAGUUUAAUCAGUCCGUGAGCAAUGAGCUGAAUAUUGGUGUGGGCACGUCCUUCUGUUUCUGUACCGAUGGACAGCUGCACAUCAGACAAGUUCUGCAUCCUGAAGCAUCCAAAAAGAAUAUCUCGUUGCCUGAAUGCUUCUACUCCUUUUUUGACUUGAGAAAAGAGUUCAAGAAGUGUUGCCCUGGCUCACCUGACAUCAGCAAACUUGAUGCUGCAGCUAUGGCAGAGUAUUUAAAUCUGGACAAGGGCAGCCCAGCGCUUCCAUAUGGAGCCUCGCACAUUGAAGAUAUGGGGAAUAUUAUUUUAACGCUAAUAUCUGAACCGUACAAUCACAGGUUUUCAGAUCCAGAAAGAGUGAAUUACAAAUUUGAAAGUGGGCCUUGCAGCAAGAUGGAACUUGUGGACGAUAAUGCUGUCAUACGAGCGAGAGGGCUGCCCUGGCAGUCAUCGGACCAGGACAUAGCGCGAUUCUUCAAAGGCCUWAAUAUUGCCAAGGGAGGUGCUGCACUCUGUCUCAAUGCCCAAGGCAGGAGGAACGGGGAGGCUCUCGUGAGGUUUGUGAGCGAAGAACACAGAGACCUAGCGCUGCAAAGACACAAGCAUCACAUGGGCAGCCGCUACAUCGAGGUGUACAAGGCAACAGGCGAAGACUUCCUUAAAAUCGCAGGAGGCACUUCCAGCGAGGUGGCGCAGUUCCUGUCCAAAGAGAACCAGGUGAUCGUCCGCAUGCGAGGGCUGCCCUUCAGCGUCACGCCCGAGGACGUGCUCUCCUUCUUCGGCCAGCACUGCCCCGUGACGGGGGGCAAGGAGGGCGUCCUCUUCGUCACCUACCCCGACAGCAGGCCCACGGGCGACGCCUUCGUGCUCUUCGCCUGCGAGGAGCACGCGCAGAACGCCCUGAAGAAGCAUAAGGACUUGCUGGGGAAACGCUACAUCGAGCUCUUCAGGAGCACCGCAGCAGAGGUCCAGCAGGUGCUGAACAGAUUCUCCUCGGCGCCCCUCGUUCCGCUCCCGACGCCCCCCAUCCUGCCGGUGCUGCCUCAGCAGCUGGUGCCUCCCGCCAGCGUCAGGGACUGCGUUCGCCUGCGUGGGCUGCCCUACGCUGCCACCAUCGAGGACAUCCUGGAGUUCCUGGGCGAGUUUGCAACGGACAUCCGCACCCAUGGGGUGCACAUGGUGCUAAACCACCAGGGCCGCCCUUCGGGAGAUGCCUUUAUUCAGAUGAAAUCUGCAGACCGAGCUUUCCUGGCGGCGCAGAAGUGCCACAAGAAGACGAUGAAGGACAGAUACGUGGAAGUCUUUCAGUGUUCUGCUGAGGAGAUGAACUUUGUAUUAAUGGGGGGCACUUUGAAUCGGAAUGGCUUGUCCCCACCACCAUGCCUCUCGCCCYCUUCCUACUCCUUCCCCGCUCCGGCCACGGUGGUGCCCACGGAAGCUGCCCUGUACCAGCCGUCCGUGCUGCUGAGCCCGCGGACGCUGCAGCCCUCCGCAGCCUACUACCCCGCCGGGACCCAGCUCUUCAUGAACUACACAGCCUACUACCCCAGUUUGCAGCAGAGGAUGGACUUGUACACGCAAGUGAUGCGGCCAGCGCAGUGUCCAAAGAAUGGAUUUGCAUUUAAAGGUCCCAGCAGUUAGACUUGCCUAGAGAAGAUUUCUCCAAACUUUCUGAAGUUUUGAACAAAUGCAGCAAGCCUAGAUGGAGAUUUUGAUUACGUUGCCAGCUUUACUACUGGUCAGGCCAACUGUGCUGAAGAAAAAUCAUCAGAGCUUUGGAAAUCAGCAUAAGGACAUCUACCUUUUAAAUUAAUAUACAACUUUCACCGAUACCCAACCACUGUCACCAGCCCACUAAGCCCUUCACUGAGAGCACGGGUGAUGAAAUCACUCAAGUUCUUGAGGAUUUCUAGUUGAUCAAGUAUUAAGCUGCUCUGAACACAGAA